AUGGGAGGUAAUCCACGUACUUCGAACCAUGUGCUCUUCGAAAGCCCGGAAGAAUCAAUUCUCAUCUCCGUUGCAGGAGUCCAGAUAGGGCGCAACCCAUACACGCCGAUUCAGGAGGUCUCCGAAUGUCCGGGAAAAUCAGCCACAUGCCCAAAACCUGAAUACAUCUCUGUCCUAUUUUGUGAAGAUGAUGAACCAGCAGACGUGGCAUGGACUUUUGCCAUCCGCGGCGGGGAGGACUUGAUAAAUACUUUGCAGAGGUACGCCGGGACGAUGAGACACGACACAAGCGAUGAGUAUACGGACGCAUUCCAGCGAUUCGUCACGGGGCUAGUUGUGCAGAGUCUACUUCUGGACCAAGGUGACAAGAUUCUGGAGAAUGCUAAACGCGACAAAGACAACGACAUACCUCUCGAGCAUCCAACGGUAAAACCAAAGACAAUUGAGUCCACCAAGAGACUGUCUGGAAAGGCGAGAGAUGAAGAGAUCGAACUGUGCUUCCAGCAAGGUCAAUCUCCCGUAGACUUGGCGAUAUCCCUUGAUAGAACUCCAGAGUUCGUCUUGCGCGAAGCCAAACGCCUUCUAGGAGAACAAGAGCUGGAGCAACAAAUGAGAUGGAAUAAAAAGGGGCAAUGGUCUGAUGGCGAGACCCAGUGGCUAAUUUCCCGACGAAAUAAAGGCUUGCCGUUGAACAAGAGGGCUAGGUUGCUCCGAAGAACAAAGCCGAACGUGGAGAAAAAGCUUCGACAGCUUGGAACCAAAAUAUUGGAGUCGAGUGUUGUGGAGGAAGGGCCCCAGAAAUUGCCAUUUUGGUUGCGAGAAACGCUUUUUACCACGCGGUUGUUCGAAAUUUGGGAAGGUCUUCUGGAGUCUGAUAUGACCCCAAUUUGGAGAGAGGCUCUUUCGGAGAAGUCUGCUGAGCAGUGGCUUACCCCCAUUUCUGAAGGGAUCCCAAAAGAUGUGAAGAAGAUCCUCGGAGGCUUACAACCCCCUACUUUUGACGAACUCGAACAUUUAUCCCCAGUCAAUUCGACGGACGCCGGGGUGUACGCUAGGCUAGUAACCUCUCGAUACCCGGUCCAGGCAGUUAGUGACCGAUAUUUGUACGUUGGUUCGGCCAGUAAGUAUGGCAGUGGACUGCAGGGCAGAGUCAAUCAGCACAUCAGGAAGGCUAUCAAAACAAGACUGGAUCGGAACAUAAAAACAAUGAACUUGAAAGCGCCGGGCUGUUUCGUCGCCCUAAUGACCAUGAAGAUGAACAGCGCUGAAGAAGAACACGUCCUCGGCGUGCGGAGGACAGUGACAUUAGCAGAGGCAAUCUUAACGAUAUGGUUAGGGGCACUCCAAUCACCAUGUCCUCAUCUUCGAAAGUUGUGUCCAUGGGAUCUGCAAGCUCUAGAUUACAGAGCAUGGUCAUCGCACAAUCCUUUAACGGUAGAUAUCGUUCUGCCCAACAACUCGAUGAUCGGGAGAUCUGUUUAG